AUGGACUCGGCUAGUACAUCUCAAGGCAGUGUUAAAGGCAUAAUGUCCAAUUCAGGUACCGAACAUAAAGACAUGCUUGGUGCAUUUCGAAAGCACUGGCAAGUCGCCACCGCCGACAACAACCUCACUUUACAUGGCUUUAGGCGGUUCAAGACGACACAUCUUCUGAAUUUGCGCUUCCUAGAGGACGAAAUCGCUCAGCUCGACCACGACAUCUAUCAAACCGCCCUCAGCAUGGACAUUGAACCUCUUGGUACCGACAGGUUGGGACUCAAUAGUUGCAAACAGAAAAGCAAGUUGCCACCGCCAGAAACGGUUAUUAACCGCGACAUGGUAAUCAAGCUGAGAGAUCUACUGCAGAGCUAUGAUGAUGCACUUAUUUCCUUUAAUCAAAUUAUGGCUAUGGAGACCUUUUCGCUCAUCGACGACGAAAAGCAAUCACGCCUCCGCACCGAGCUUACUCUUGAGGAGAUUUACAAAACCAGACUUCUGCGUGCAGAUCUUGAUCCUAGAUCGCAUACCGAUCCCUUCCAAAGACAGAUACACAAAUGGUUUCGAGCUUUUCAGCUCCAAAGACAGGCGAAUAAUUUUACGGGACAGGCAGAGUCACCACUGCCACGCCCAUCCAAAUCGCCAAUCUACCGCAACAGCAUCCUUAUUUCCGAGAUUUGUGGGCGAAUUAUCACGAUUUUAAUUACCAUCUUGUUCCUCAUCCUCCCGUUGGCCCUCUUGUCUCAAGAGAUUGACAAGAGAAAGCAGCUGAUUAUUGUUUCUAUCUUUAUCUUGUUCUUCGCUUUGAUCGUCGCAAUGGCCCUGAAGAUGCCCAGUUAUCAGAUAAUGGCCGUGUGCGCGGCGUAUGCUGCUGUGUUAUCUACUUUUGUGUCAUGA